UAAAACACCCAUCACGUGAGAACUAAGAUUGUGAAAAGUUGAUAUAUGCCUUUAACUUACAGCAGUCUAGCUUGACAAUCAUGGGCUCAGUCUGGCUCUCUCUGUUGGCUGUCUUUGCAUUUAUCUGUACUGCUGAUUUUCAUCCAUUACCCCGUUCAAGCAAUGGGCUUCGUGAGUGCCGCCAAAACCCUAGUGCACUAGCACUCGAGGUUCUCCCUGGUGGAGGCUGGGAUAAUCUGCGCAACUUGGAUAUGGGUCGAGUGAUGAACCUGAGCUAUUUACAAUGCCAGACCACAGAGGAUGGCAUCUACAUCAUUCCAGAUGAGAUAUUUGUCAUUCCACAGAAGAUAAGCUCAGUAGAGAUGAACUCGGAGAUCAUCAGUUCAUGGCUUGAACAGAAAAGCUCCACUUCGAGGUCAAUCAACGUUGAGGCUUCUUUCGAAAAAGUCGUGAAUGGCAAGUUCUCUGCUGAGAGCAAACGCAUGAAAACCCAUCAAGUGAAGGAUAAUUCAGUCACAGCUCGCACACAGGUGCGUAACCAUGUGUACACAGUAAAGGCGAAUCCUGAUUUCAUUCUGGAUACACGUUUUGCCCGACAAGCAGAAGAGAUUGCAGAUGCCAUUGAGAACAACCAAACACGUCAGGCUGCCUAUCUGUCUGAAAAGAUGGUGCUUGAUUAUGGUACACAUGUCAUCACAAGUGUGGAUGCUGGUGCUACUUUAGUAGAGGAAGACUAUUUAAAAUCAUCUUAUGUUUCUGAUAUGCAGUCCUCUCAGUCCUCAGUCACAGCAUCAGCUGGUGCCAGCUUUUUUAACACAAUUAAUUUUAAUAUUGGCGCUAAGGAAUCACACGAAACAUCUGAAACCAGGGAAUAUCAGGGUAACAUUACAUAUUCCAUAACACUGAGUCAUGGUGGGGCUUUGUUUUAUCCUGGAAUCACGCUACAAAAAUGGCAGGAGAGCACUUUAAACAAUUUAAUUGCUAUUGACCGUAGUGGAUUACCACUACAUUAUUUUCUCAACCCAUCAACAUUCCCAGACCUCCCACGUCCAACUGUAAAUAAACUUGCUCUGUAUGUGCGUAUGGCCAUAGAUCGUUACUACAAAAUUAACACUCAUCCUGGGUGUGUUAAUCCAGACUCCAAAAAUUUCAACUACCAAGCAAAUUUGGAUGAUGCAUCCUGUGAUGGCCCAAGCACCAACCUUAGCUUUGGUGGUGUUUACCAAACGUGUACUCCACUGCAGGAUGGUUUUUUCAUGUCAGAUGCGAAUGACAUGUGCCAGGAACUGGCUGUGAAAAACCCAGCCACUGGCUCAGAUUCCUGCCAACAGCCAUACACUGCUACUCUAUUGCGCUCUGAAGUGCAGGAAAGACAAUAUAGUAGGUAUGAGUGCCAACAAAGAUGUCAUUCAUGCUGGCUUUUUUUCAGGUGUUGUAAAAAUGUAUGUGGAAAUGUGUAUAAAGUUGAACGUGCCAAAGUUGACACUUAUUGGUGUUCCACUAAAGAAAAAGCCCCAGAAUUUUCUGGAUAUCUCUUUGGUGGUAUAUUUGGCCCUUAUUUACAAAACCCACUGACCAAAUCCAGAUCAUGUCCUUCAAAUUUCUUUGCCCUAAAUUUUUUAUCCAACGGCAUUAUGAUCUGUCUGAGCAAUGACUAUGAAACAGCAACAAGAUUCUCUGUGCCCUUUGGAGGUUUCUUCAGCUGCCAGUCUACCAAUCUGCUCGCAGGGGGCCAAUCGCGCUGCCCACCACAGUUCAGCCAACAUCUCGUUGCCAUAAGCGAUGGAUGUCAGGUACUUUACUGCGUACAGUCAAACAGUUUUACUGAGGGUGACUUACUUCCCAUCCGCCUCCCACCGUUCACAAGACCUCCAGUGAUUAGUAUGAUAGCUACAAACACGGUAGCUGUGAUGACUCAAGGAGACCAGGCCUGGGUGAGAAUCGAAGACACAAAGAUGUGGAAGUUGGCCAAGCCUGAGGACAUUACAAAACUGUCUCAAGUGUUUGAGAAUGACUCAACUCAGUCACAAAGAAACACGAUUGGCAUUGCAUUUGGUGCUCUAGCCUUGAUUGCUCUUGUUGUGGCAGUAGCAGUGUUAGUAGUGAGAAAGAGGAAGAAGAUUCUCAGUAGAGGUCGAGGCUAUGAGGAGAUUCAAAGUGAAGGACUGUUUGAGAGUAUAGUAGAAAACCAGACAGAGCAACCCACCGAAAGUGUGAUUGAUGUUGAAACUCAGAGUCUCUUGGCUUAGUGGUCCUGUUUCUGAGCAAUAAAUAGUUAUAAAAUGAUUUACCACAGCAAUGUACUAUUAUCUGUUAAAUAAAACUUUUUAACUGCUUUAAGCUAUUAACAUUCUAUAUUAAGCUAAAUAUUUUGUUUGUAUACUUUUACCUUUAUACAUAAAAUCAGAUAAUUAAAAUCAUCAAAUAAUUGUAAU